GCUGAUUACGGGUCGAGAAAUGAUAUCGAUGAACAGCUUGUUACCGCUGCUGACUUUGUCUUACAGCAGGACGGUGUUGUACUUGUGUUCCCUGCUCUGUAGCUGCCUGACUUUCCUGGUAAUCCGGCAGCUGUUGCGGCAGCGGAGACCGCGCGGCUUCCCCCCGGGACCCGCAGCCCUGCCGGUGAUCGGUAACAUUCUGUCUCUUGCCACCGAGCCGCAUGUGUACAUGAAGAAGCAAUGCGAAAUCUACGGCCAGAUCUUUAGUCUUGACUUGGGAGGAAUAUCAACUGUCAUUUUAAACGGCUAUGAUGUCAUCAAAGAAUGUCUGUAUCACCAGAAUGAGGUGUUUGCAGAUAGGCCAUCUCUACCUUUAUUCCAGAAAAUGACCAAAAUGGGAGGACUUCUCAACUGCAAAUAUGGUCGUGGAUGGAUUGAGCACCGUAAGCUGGCUGUUAACAGCUUCCGCUAUUUUGGCAGUGGGCAGAUGAUGUUUCAGAGGAUAUCUGAGGAGUGCAUGUUCUUUGUAGAUGCCAUUGACAAGCACAAGGGAAAACCUUUUAACCCAAAACACCUUGUUACCAAUGCAGUCUCCAAUGUUACCAACCUUGUAAUAUUUGGACAGCGAUUCACGUAUGAUGACCUGGACUUCCAGCACAUGAUUGAAAUCUUCAGUGAGAAUGUGGAGCUGGCUGCUAGUGCAUGGGCCUUCCUCUAUAAUGCCUUCCCCUGGCUUGAAUACUUGCCCUUUGGGAAGCACCAGAGGCUCUUUUGCAAUGCUGAUAAAGUGUAUACCUUUCUGCAACAGAUAAUCGAACGCUUUUCACAGGGGAGAGUACGGCAAUUGCCAAGACAUUACAUCGAUGCCUACUUGGAUGAAAUGGAACAGAGUGCUGGGGACAAAAGCAUGUCCUUCUCCAAAGAGAACCUGAUCUUCUCAGUAGGAGAACUUAUUAUUGCAGGCACAGAGACCACUACAAAUACACUGCGUUGGGCCAUGCUCUACCUAGCUCUCUACCCCAGUAUACAAGAUAAAGUUCACAAGGAGAUUGACGUAAUAUUAAAUGGCAAGUUACCAACCCUGGAGGACAAGCAGAAGAUGCCUUAUGUGGAAGCAGUGUUGCAUGAAAUCUUGCGCUUCUGCAACAUCGUUCCUCUUGGCAUCUUCCGAGCGACUUCUCAGAAGGCUGUCGUGAGAGGAUACACCAUCCCCCAAGGGACCAUGGUCAUUACCAACCUGUAUUCUGUGCACUUUGAUGAGAAAUACUGGAGCAACCCUGCUAUCUUCUGCCCUGAAAGGUUUCUGGACAAAAAUGGAAACUUCAUAAAACAGGAGGCUUUUCUCCCUUUUUCAGUGGGUAGACGUCAAUGUCUUGGUGAGCAGCUGGCCAGAAUGGAGAUGUUCCUUUUUUUCACCACAUUGCUCCAGAGGUUUUGCCUGCAGUUUCCCAAAGGCUACAUUCCAAGCAUUACUCCUAAACUUGGCAUGACCCUGCAGCCACAGCCUUAUACAAUAUGUGCUAUCAGGAGACAGCAAUAAAACUUCAUCUCUUCAACAAAGGCAGAUAUUCUCUCAACUUAAGGGGUCUUACUGAGAAACUUAACUCUCCAGCUCAGAUUUCUAGCUCAGAAUUCUGUCAUGUUUGGCACAAAGCACUGACCUCUGGUACUGAAUGUGCAGAAAUUUCAACUGUACACAAUAUGGUUCCAUUACGUUCAUGCAGCGAGUGAGCAGUGAAUGAGGCCUGGAAAUUUAUAUGUGCAGCCCGAUUCAUUUGUGCAUGUUGUAAUGAAUAAGAGCCUGAGAACUCUGUUGAAAACGUGAGUUGUGUAACUUGAACUGGCCAAAAAAAAAAACCUGUGCUGUGGUUGGAAACGUAAAGGAAGUCGUGUUAUGUCAAUUAUUUACAGAGCACCAUGUCAGUUCUGCAGCCUUUUUUUUCCUCGAAAUUGAGAGCACAGUUCUCUCAUUGGUGUAACAAAAUGAAAGGAGAGCUGCUGCAUUUCUCAGAAAGCUUUGCAAAUGUCUCUCGCAUGACUUUGGCAACGUCCAUGUAGCAGUGCAGAACUGUCUGUUUUAUCUCAGGGGAAUUAAACCUGCCAGGCCGUAAGUCCACAACUGUCUCCACCGGAGGGUCUUUGGAAUUAACAUUGUGAUCUGAACUUUGUAGGACAUCAGGAUUUUGUACCAAAACAUCUGCAUUUAUUUUUAUAUGUACUACUGAAAAGUCAAAAUACGAAUAAACAGAAGAUUGGUAGUAUUACAA